AGAAAUAGAGUUUUCUCGAAAAAGAGAUAUUCAUUGUUAACUCAGAUCAAAUUAAAUUGGUGAAAGUUGGAGCAAUGUGAAAAAUGAAGGUCUUUUUCGCGACACCCUGAUCCCUCGUAAAGAAAGUUCUUACUGCAUUAUCAUUACACAUACAGUUGUAGGAGAUGUCUCUAAAACCAAGAAAAGUUGAUUUUGAAUCCACAUGGACGACACUUCUGGAAACAGUAAAAGGGGUCGUUACAUGUGCCAAAGUCGGGCGAGCUACGUGGAAUGACAGAUUUUCAGAUGUAUAUGCUCUGUGUGUUGCCUGCCCCGAUCCUCUGAGUGAUAAACUGUACACUGAAACCAAGAAGUUCCUGGAAAACCAUGUAUCAGACCUCUACAAUAAAGUACAAGGCAAUGGUGAGGAAAAUUGUUUGUCAACUUACCACAGACACUGGGAGGAGUACAGUAAAGGGUCAGGAUAUCUUAACCAGUUGUAUGGAUACCUGAAUACAACUUACAUAAAGAAACAAAAGUACACAGAUGCUGACCUGAGUUAUGGUGGAAUCAGUACAGACACAGCUGAUCAGCUGCUGGAAAUAGGGGAGCUAGCACUGGAUACAUGGAAGAGGUUAAUGAUAGAGCCCCUGAAGGAGACCCUCCUUAAACUGAUCCUCAACGAGGUAUCACGGGACCGGAUGGGGGAGCUGGUAAACCAGACGGUGGUUCACGGGGUCAUAAACUCCUUUGUCAAUGUUCAGGAGUACAAGAGGAAGCACCCGCUCCUGUUGUAUGAGGAGCUGCUGGAGAAUCCCUAUAAACUCGAGACAGGCGCUCACUACCGACAGGAGGCGGCGAAACUCAAGGAUGAGCACACAUGCUCUGAGUACAUGGAAAAGGUCAUCAUGCGACUGGACAAUGAGGAUUUCCGAAGUCGGAAGUUCCUACAUCCCAGCUCCUACAACAAAAUCACCCACGAGUGUCAACAGAGGAUGGUGGCCGAUCACCUCCAGUUCCUACACGGGGAGUGUAAGGACAUGGUCAAACAGGAGAGGAGGAGAGAUCUCUCCAACAUGUACAAACUCCUGAAGCCGAUCCACGGAGGACUUGGGGUCCUCAUACAGGAAGUGGAGGGCCACAUCAAGCAGACCGGGAUGGAGGCGGUCAGGAGCCUCAAAGGAGACAAUGUUCCUGGUCAGUUUGUGGAGUCCAUGUUGGAAGUCCACCAGAAAUACACGGAGAUGAUCCAGGGCGUGUUUCACUCGGAUCAGCAGUUCGUCGGGGCUCUAGACAAGGCUUGUGCAGCUGCCAUUAACUUCAAACAGAGUGUGAAGCACAUGUGUAAAUCUCCAGAAAUGCUUUCAAAAUACUGUGAUAACCUAUUAAAGAAAAGUUCGAAAGGAGUUUCUGAGUCUGAGAUGGAUGACAAGCUAACUAACUGUAUCACGGUCUUCAAAUAUCUCGACGAUAAAGAUGUGUUCCAAAGGUUUUAUUCACGCAUGUUGGCAAAAAGACUGAUAUAUGGACAAUCAGCUUCAAUGGAUGCAGAGGAAGCCAUGAUAAAUAAACUCAAGCAAGCCUGUGGCUAUGAAUUCACCAACAAACUACAUCGGAUGUUCACGGAUGUCUCCAUCAGCACGACUUUAAAUAAAGAGUUUUCUGAUUUCAUCCAAUCCAAGGAAAAUGUAGAGUUGGGAGUUAACUUUUCUAUAAUGGUUUUACAGGCAGGAGCUUGGCCUAUAGGACAGAGUAAUCUCCCUUCUUUCUCAAUACCACAAGAACUAGAGAAAAGUGUACAAAUGUUUGAAGCUUUCUAUAAUGUAAAAUACAGUGGAAGAAAGCUGACUUGGCUCCAUAAUUUCUGUAGUGCUGAGUUAAAGUUUAACCAUUUGAAGCGCCCCUACUUUGUGACAAUGGGAAGUUUUCAGAUGGCCAUUUUGUUGCUGUUUAACAAUAGUGAUAUUCAAACUUUUCAUGACAUACGGGAAAAUACAAAUUUACCAGAAAAAGAACUUAUUAAACAGCUCCAGACCUUAUUAGAUACUAAAAUAGUCUGCACAGAGGGUGAUGUUAAUGCAUGCAGCUGUAUUUCACUCAAUCUGGGAUACACCAACAAAAGAACAAAGUUCAAGAUCACGACAGCCAUUCAGAAAGAUUCCUCUCAGGAAGUAGAACAGACCCACAGUGCAGUAGAGGAAGACAGAAAAAUGUACCUACAAGCAGCAAUCGUUCGCAUAAUGAAAGCUCGGAAAAUCCUGAAGCAUGCCAUGCUCAUUCAAGAGGUGAUUAGUCAGUCCCGGGCCAGAUUUGCUCCUAGUGUACCCAUGAUUAAAAAGUGCAUUGAAUCACUAAUAGAUAAAUCGUAUCUUGAAAGGACUGCCAAUUCCUCAGACGAAUACAGCUAUAUAGCAUAACGCUAAUUAGUAAUUAGUUUAAAAUGACAAUUUCCGUGUGUCAGACAGCACAUGGAAAACCUACUGACUUGGGAUAAUUAAGUUUCAUUCUAUUAAAAGAUUGGAGUUCCAGAUAUGUGAAAGAGAGAGAAA